AUGUUACUGGACUUUUAUAAGAAAUAUAGGGUUGGUAUUCUGAAAACUUCGUAUGUUGUACUGUUGGCGGCUGUUGUGCAAACAUUUGCGAAGGAUAAGUCUACUGAAGACCAUCAACAGCCGGUGACGCCCUCGAUAUUAAAGAAGAAUAAAAAGGGAGAUGAAGGCGAUCAGAAAGAUAGAGCUAAGAAGCGGCGGAACUUUUUGGUGGGUUUGAUUCUUAAGGACCCAAAAUGUGUUGCUGUAUUCUUACUGCAGGCGACAUUGUUGGUGAUCAGGACGAUGCUGACGCUACGAGUAGCGACAUUAGACGGUGUUUUGGUAUCGAAAUUGGUGAAAGGUAGGUAUUCUGAAUUUGUGAAGGUGCUGUUGGGGCAGUGGAUGACUUUAGGGGUUCCUGCUAGUAUUGUGAAUAGUUUACUGGCGUAUACCACAGGGUUCUGCGCGAUCACUGUCAACAAGAGGAUCAGUCAUCACAUGCUUGAUAAAUAUUUAAAAUCGCAUCACUCGUUCUAUGGCGCUAAUAGCAUGUCUGGUAACGUGGUGAAGACGGGUAGCGUGAAAAAGGAGAAGGAUGAGAAAGACGAAUUAGAGAAGCGGCAGCCGCCCACUGAUGGAGUUUCCAUACAGGUUGUAGAUCUUCCUGUGCAGUACCUAACGAGGGAUGUUGGUGUGUUUUCGCACAAUGCGUCGGUAUUGUUGAAUCAGCUCCUAAAGCCUACCCUCGACCUGUUUAUGUGUUCGUUCAAAUUGAGUCAGAGUUCCAAUAGCAGUAUGAUGGCAGAGGGAACGCUAGUGCUUGGAUUGAUAGUCUACUUCAGCAAUGUCUUUCUGAAGUUGAUGCAGCCUAACUUUACUGAUUUGACCGUGAAACGCACACAACUCGAGGGGUACUUCCGGACGCUGCAUUCGAAAUUGCACACCUAUAGUGAAGAAAUCGCUCUGUUUAAGGGCUAUAGGACGGAGCUGUGGAACUUGGACUAUGCUUUUUACCAGCUAACGGUAUUCAUGGCCAAGGAGUUCAAAGCAAGGGCUUUGUACGAAUUUGGAACCAGUUUUAUCGUCAAAUAUGUCUGGGGUGCUGCAGGCUUGGUUCUGUGUUCUAUUCCGGUGUUCUACCGUGGUGAUUCCUCAGAAGACCUUACUGCAGGCUUUAUCACCAAUAGGAGAUUGUUGAUGACAGCCUCCUCAUCAGUCGGACGGUACUUUGAACUUCGCAGAAACAUCCAACAGCUCAAAGGUGAGGCCAUAAGACUAAAUACUUUUAACGAUAUCCUUGAAAAGAGCAAAGCGAACUUCAGUGAAGGUAGCGAUGUUCUUAUUGAAUAUGACAACUCGAGGAUUCAGUUUGUCAAUAUUCCUCUUGUCACUCCAGCUUUACAGGUUUUAAUUCCGGAACUUAAUUUUGAACUCAAACAUGGUGAUCAUUUACUAAUCAUAGGUCCAAACGGUUGCGGUAAAUCUUCUUUAUUUAGAGUCUUGGGAGGUCUGUGGCCCGUUAUGAAAAGCUUUGUAAAUCCUGAUAAGACAGCUAAGUUGGUGAUACCCUCCAGAAAUGCUGAAAAUGGAAGGAAGCCCAUAUUCUAUCUCCCCCAGAGAUCUUACAUGAGCAAUUUCUCUUCUUUCAGAGAGCAAAUAACUUAUCCAGAUAACACUGCCGCCGUAAUUAAGAAGUACAAUGGCGACCUUGAACGUUGUGACAAAGAACUCGCAGAGAUCCUUUCUGUCGUUGAGCUAGAUGACCUCAUCAACGAAAACAUGUCCAUUGUAAUGGCUCAGCGCUCCACCGAAGAGGAUGAGGAUACUGUAGAUGUUUCUCUCACAGAUGCUUUUAACGUCACCAGGAAGUGGUCAGAGGAGCUUUCAAUUGGUAUUCAACAACGUCUAGCAAUGGCAAGAAUGUACUACCACAGACCUAAGUUCGCUGUCUUGGAUGAAUGCACCUCCUCAGUCUCUCCAGAAAUGGAACAGAAGAUGUACACUCACGCCCAAAAGUUGGAAAUAUCCCUGAUAUCUGUUUGUCAUCGUACCACACUAUGGCAUUUCCACAACUACCUAUUGAAGUUUGAUGGUAAUGGCAACUACUCAUUUGGUCCAUUUAACCCAAAGCAAAGACUAAAGGAUGAACAAAGACUGUUAGAACUGAACAAAUUGUUAGAACAGGACGCCCCAAUAUGGAAGAAAAAACUUGAGGAACUAACAAUGGCAAGAAAUUCCAAACUCAUCCGUGCCAAUAGCAAGAAGAAUUUAGAUCUAGUUGCAAAAGAGGGCAAACAUGAAGUAACGAAAUCAGUAGCAAUCAGUGCGGCUCCAAGUAUAUAA